AUGCAGAACUUUGCAGGCGAUGCGUUUACUAUAGGCCCUAGCGCGAUCCGUGCAUUACAAAAGUGGCCAGAGAUGGCCGAGGAAAACGAGCGUAUAUCAUACGAGCCAUGGAUUUCAUGGCACAAGAUCACUGGGGAAAUGAUCUCAGGUCCGAAACCGUUCGAAUUGAAGCUCUCCAAGCGUAAUGAGGGAGACCAGAUCACCCGAACCCCCAGGAUAUACAGACAUAGUCGACCGAGAAUGCACAAGAUGCUGUCGGAUCAGCUUGAGCGAAUCGAAAUCGCGGUGGAGUAUGGCAAGCAAGUUGUCGAUUACUACGAGGACAAAGCUUCCUCUACAGCCGGUGUUAUUCUUACAAGUGGCGAGCGACUUGAAGCAGAUGUGGUGAUUGCUGCUGAUGGGAUCGGAAGCACUUCCUCUCGUAUCACAUUAGGCCAUGAAGUCCGCGCCCGUCCUACAGGUUUUUCAAUCUAUCGAGCCUCCUGCCCCAUUGAUUCGGCUCAUAUGGACUGUAUAUUCGAGGAGAAAUUUCCCAUCUUAGAAAACGACAGGCCCUCUGCACAAAUAUGGAUGGGAGACAACGUGCAUGCGAUCUUCGGACGAAGCCAUGAUGAGAUAUCAUGGUAUCUCACAUAUCCGGUACAGCACAAGGCGCCUUGCGAUUCUUGGCAUAAUCCAACUAACAUCAAAUUUCAGAAUCAAGAACACAGCACGGAGUCAUGGUCCAACCUGGUAGAUCCAGAGACAGUCCUCCAAACCACAUCCACGAUCGAAGGCUGGCCCGAAUACGCAAACCAAUUGAUCCAGGCAACGCCCAAAGACCAGAUCCACGACUUCAAACUCAUGUGGCGUGAACCUCAGCCCUGCUGGACUUCGUCCACUGGACGAGUAGUUCAAAUCGGUGACACGGCUCACACAUUUCUUCCGUCGUCUGGCAAUGGGGCCACACAGGGAAUGGAAGAUGCUGUCUCGCUGGCAACAUGUUUGCAGGUUGCAGGAAAAGAUAACGUUCACUGGGCAACCCGUGUUCAUAAUAAGCUCAGAUUUGAACGCGUCGCCUGUAUUCAGCUUCUAGGUGUGCUCAAUCAUGAGAUGCGUCAACGCUCUUCCAAUGCCAAAGCGUCACAGGCAAAGCCGAUUGGCUUACUUGGCUCUUGGGUCUGGCAGCAUGAUCCGGAGCAAUAUGUGAUCGAAAACUACAGCAAAGCACUCGCUAAUCUGACUAGUGGGGACCUAUUCCAUAAUACUAAUAUUCCCGCUGGCUAUGCGUAUCAACCGUGGACUAUUGAUGGAGUACUGAAGGCUAUGGAGAUGGGUGAGGAGAUUGUACUCGAUGGGGACUGGGAUUGA